AGCAGAAAAAAAAAUUUAGAAAGUCUGUCUCAUUUCACAGAUUUUUUACACUUCUUUCUUCUCUUUUGCUAAAUUAAAUUAAAGGAAGUAAAUCAGAAAACUGUACCUUAUCUGGUAGAAUUUCCUCCGUAAUUCACUUGGUUUCACGCUUUUCCAACAGACAGCAUCUAUUCCAACCACAAAGGAUUUCCUUUUGUCAAAAAUAACCUCGCGGCUUCAACUGUUUGAAUUGUAAAAUUAAGAGCAUAUCCUUCGUAAUUUAAACAGCUCUUACUCAACCUAUUCACUUAGUUUAUAUUUGCCAAAACAAAGUCUUGUUAUAAUGUCUUCCGAUGAUGAGCAGGCUACAUGUAGUAUUUGUGAUGGGGAUAAAUCCACCAAAAGAAAUCCUAUCAUAUUUUGCGAUGGAAAAGAUUGUGAUAUGCCCGUUCAUAAAAUCUGUUACAAAGUAGAUGAAAUUCCAGAUGAUGACUGGUACUGUCAAAGAUGUGAAAAUAAGAGAAAGAAGAGACCAACCAAUAUCAUUUGUUGCCCUAUGCAAACAGGCGCUAUAAAAAGGACCGCAAGUACAGGAGAGUUCAUUCAUGUAGUCUGUGCUAUGUGGAACAAAGCAAUAGAUGAUAGUAGAGAGCCUUACAUCGUGCCAAUCAAACAAUUGAACCGACAUGAAUGCUAUUAUUGCUACAAGAAGAAAGGGUUUACAAUACAGUGCGAAGAAGUUGAUUGUGCCAUCUUUUUCCAUGCCACCUGUGCAAUCAACAACGGUAUCAUAAAUCCUGCCUCUACUGUUCCAUCAGACUUUUCUCCAAGAUGCGGCAAACAUCUUGCCGAAUAUGAAAGAAGGAAAACGAAGAGCAAAAAUCGUCCCCUAAUAGAGACCAUAUCUUCUGACAGUGAAGACACAGCAAUGAAGUUUGAAGACGAUGAGGAGACUGAGGAUGAAUCCGAAGAGAAAAGUUCAGAUGCAUCCGGAGACAAGAAACAAAAAGCAUCUAUUAAUAAGAAAAAAGCAGCAAAAUCGAGCCACCGUAGCCAACAGCAGCAACAACAACAGUCUGUCAAAAGAGAAAGGUCACCAAACUUGGUUUUCACAGAUGACAGUGAUGAUGAUAUGUGCUUGAAUAAUGGAACAAACGAUAAGCAUAAGAAGGCGCCUACUUCAAUAAGUACGGCUACAAAAAUAAAUUCCCUAGCUAUUACAAGCCAAAAGCCUACACAGCAAAACAACAGUGCUUAUAGCAACAACAAAGAUGGAAGUAGUAAAACAAAAGUGAUUGAUGAAACUCAAGAUCACAAAGAACGCCUCGAUAUCAAGAGAAGGAAAACUGAACAUCAAGCAACCAGCAGCAACAAUAAUACCAGACCAUCCCUCAAGAUUGAAGACAGCAAGUUGAAAAGCAGUAACAGUACUGUAGCCUCAUCAUCUAUGACAAAACAAAAGCCUGUGAUUGGCAAUUCCAGCAGUAAUAUCAUUCCUUCUUCAGCUUUAACGCCACCUUUAAAAAAGACCAGUGGACCAGGAAUCAUUAAAGAUAUUGCUGAGAUACGAAAUGACAUUAAGGCAGAUGCUCAACGUUGGAAUCUGAAUGCUUCUGGUAACUCAAUAUCAAUGAACCGCAAUCAACCUGCUACACCUACAACAGCGAAAGCUGGUUUUUUGGAAAAUGAUAGAAAAAUGAUGACGAAUGAUGAAAAAGAGGAAUUCAACAGACUAAAUAGACGGUUUGCUGAGCUCAAACGGAAUGUUACUGAGAUUUUUACAUCCUUAAAUCUUCGUCUUCCGAGCAAUUCUGCAGUAACGCCUGAACGAGACAUAGAAGCUUACGUCGCUCAGCUACAACAAAUAGUAAAGCGAGCUGGGCCAAUUCGUGAUUCAGAUAUUGCUGUUAUUCAAGAUUGCGUAAGAAGCUCUUUCAAACAAAGGGAGUAAUAUCACCCUUUAUAUUCCACAUCCCAUUGCCCAUAGUAUCUUAUAUCCUUAUUCUUUCUGAUUUUCCUUUCUUAGAUUUCCUCUUUUUUCUUUUUUCUAUAUCUUUUAGUUGUAUAUAAACAUAAUUCUUCUUCUUAAUUUACAAUUUUCUUCAAUCCCGUCUAUUUAAUCUUCACAAUAAACAGCCGCUGUUU